AUGCAAACACCGGAAGCGUUGUGGCAGAAAGCCGGCGAUGAUUUGUUUCGCCUGCAGAUGCAAAUUUUUAGCGCUGUAACACAGGACGUGCUUAGAGGUCAUGUACCGGCGUUAGAUCCGACCAGUCAGAGUUUCCUGCAAGACAAUCUAUUCUACCAAGUUGCUCUGGAUGCUCUCAGUACCGGUGGGUCCAAUUCGACAGAAAACACCCCACCAACCCCAUGUCGGAGAGGGUAUAACCUCAGUGAUUCCACCCAUAACCCUCCCGAACAACUUGGACUUAAGGAGGCUUUCCAAGAAACCUGCGAUCCCACUGAGAAAUCAGCUGAUCAUCAUGCAGGACAAAAAGAGCUCUUUGUGCAUUCCGUCAAGCCACCGUACUCUUACAUUGCACUAAUCACUAUGGCCAUACUCAAUGCCCCCGACAGCCGGCUAACACUGUCUGGGAUCUGCGAUUUCAUCUCCUCCCGCUUUCCCUACUAUCGUGAGCGCUUCCCCUCAUGGCAAAACUCCAUUCGACACAACCUCUCCCUCAAUGAUUGCUUCGUUAAGGUUCCUCGUGAAACAGGAAGCACCGGAAAGGGAAACUACUGGACUUUAGAUCCUAAUUCCAAGGGCAUGUUCACAAAUGGGAGUUUUCUACGGCGGCGUAAACGCUAUAAGCGCGUUCAGGUCAGCUCCUGUAAAUCCCUCCACCGAACCGUACUCCCCACUGAGAAUCCAGUUAAAGAAAUAAUGGUUUCCGGUCCAACGGAAGAGCAGGAGCCGCUGGAGCCAUCAACGUCUCCUAAUGAGGAUGUUUUGCCCUUGGACUUGGUAAUAACCCCUCCAAAUAACUUACACCGUCAUCGGUUGCACGAGAGAGACCCCCCGGAACUCAAUGAUUCCCUCCAACCCCCGGUAUCUCGUCCAUCGGCCUUUUCAAUCGAGUGUAUAAUUGGUAAAUGGGAUGAGUCGUCAGAUAGUUGA